AUUUCUGAAAUUUCUGGCCAAUUUCCGGCCGAAAGCUGCUUAGCCUCAGCGAAGAACAGCUUCGUGAAUUGGGAUUUGGAACCACUCGUUCAUUAAUCUCCAAAUCCCGUUCCCCCAAAUUGAAUCCGAAUCUGCAUAAUUAUUUCUCUUCCACAACACAUUUUUCAAUCACGGCGUUCUUUUGCUCCGGUACGGCGGCGAUGACUUCUCGAUGAUGGUAUGAUGGGAUGUUUACAUCUUGAUAAACCAACACCACAAGUGAAUUUGGUUGUUGGCGCGAACUGAACCACUCCCUCCUGUAUUUCCCUCAUACUCCUCUCUCCCUUCUCCAACCCAAUCAUGGAAGCCUUACCCUUACCCCCAAUUUCUAACCCUCUCUUCCCAUUUCGUCGUUCCAGUACUUUUCCCCUCAAACCGCGCUCAAAUUCGAUCCAAAAUCGGAGACGAACAGCCACGUAUGCCGCCAUUGACGGUGCUUCGCUUACAGCCGACUCCAUUCAGGUCGAAAUCACUUGGCAGAUAUUCGUCGGAGCGAUUGCUGGAGUGACCCCGUUCGUGGUGGCUGGAAUCGAGUUCAGUAAGAGAAUUAUGGCGCAGAAGAGAUGUAAAGAAUGUGGUGGUUCGGGGCUUGUUCUUAGAGACGAUGACUACUUUCGUUGCCCUGAAUGUGGUGGUUUUUUGCCAUGGCAGUCAUGGAGGCGAUUCUUUUGGGGCUGAAGAAGACAAUUAGCAUGAUAUGACUCUUUUGAAGCGAUGUAAUUCUACACAUUUCAAAGAAAGUGGUUCAGGAUCAGGAUCUUCUUUGUUGAUUUCCAGGCAAGACAAGGAACAAAGUAAGCAAUCCAUUUGUUAAGUGUAUGUAUUUGAGGUAUAUAACUAAUUACAAGUUCACCAAGUUUCUUAUUUAAUUACAUGCUCAAUCAAAUGGUUAAAUGUUGCUAAAUGUUAAUUUCUUGGUUAGAUCCCUAGUGUGAUAGGUUUUGUAAUAUCAUUUUCUCCCUCAACAUAGUUAAUAACAUGUAUAAAAGAUUAAAUAUUCUUUAACCUAUCAAGGUUUGGUAGUAGUUUAUUUAUAUAAUAAAGCUAUAAAAUCUCUUUA